UGGGUUAAAAAGCAGCAACCACAACGACGAUGACAACUAUGAUGACGAGGAUGGUGACGACAAAGACGACGAGCACGACGGCGUUAACGAUGAUGAUGUUGACGGCGAUGACGACGACGAUAUUAACGGUGAUGAAGACGUCGGCAAAGACGAUGACGAUGAUGACGAGGACAACGAAAAGGACAAUAACGACGACGACGAUGACGACAUCAGUAACUACGGCCGCGAUGGUGACGACGGCGGCGAAAACGACGCCGAAGACGACGGCGAAGACGACGGCGAAGACGACGGCGAAGACGACGGCGAAGACGACGGCGAAGACGACGGCGAAGACGACGGCAAAGACAGCGGCGAGGACGACGCGAAAACGACGACGGUCACGACGGUGAACAUGACGGCGAAUACGACGGCGAACACGACGGCGGAGAACUCGACGACGGCGGCGAAGAGGAUGCCGAACACGACGGCAAAGACAACGGCGAACACGACGGCGAACACGACGGCGAAGACGGCGGCAAAGACGGCAGCGAAGACUAUAGUGAGGACGAUAGCGAAGACGUUGUUGAUGUCGAUGGUGAGGACGACGGCGAACACGACGGUUAACACGACGGCGAUGACGGCGGUGAGGACGUUGGGGAAGGCAAAGACAACGACCACAGAUGACACGACGACACGAAAACACCGACUACGACUACGACUACAAUUACGAUGA